AUGAUCAUCAUACUAUCGCAUCCGUGUAGCUUGGUUUCGUACUUGUCAGCCCAUGCUAUAUUGACCAGUAAUGUUGGGAGGACUUCGUCCGUCACUAUAAAGAUCAUUGAGCAUCAUCCUUCAUUAUUCAAGAAUUUACCUUGGUGUGGAAUUUCAACCAUUGGAUCACAGUCAUUUCAUCACCAUGCUGUAAACAAGAUAUUAAAUACUUUGGCAAGUCAAUUACAGAUUAUUCCUAUAAGUCUGGCCAAUAUGAGCCAUUCACAGCCAUUGUACCCUGAUUUACCGGUUCGUCCGCUACUAAAAGUACACACUACCACAGCCAAAAGCACCAAUAUAUUGGGCUAUAUCUAUCAUCCUAUACUACUCAUGGAGUCUCUUCGAACAGGUCUAAGUGGUUCUAAUCGCGUGGCGUUCAUGUCGCCUUCGCGUGGCGUUACUGUGGAUGAUGUAGUGAAGGAGAUUUGCAUUUUUCACCAUCCGCAGCAGAUAGUGGUAAUUGACUUUGGUAAAACUUUGACGAAUUUUCCCUCGAUGGAUCUUGUCGUUUACUCGAGUCUCUGCCAGUUGGAGCUGGUUCCUGCUAUAGGGCUGCCGCUGGCAAUACUUUGGCUACCCCACUUUCGAGCCAUCAAUAGACUUUGGACAGAAUCUCAACCUCAUACCACCACCAAAUUCACCCACGAUAAAUUACUACAGCACACAAAUAUUCGCAUGAACGGCACCAGCGACUUGCCUCAGCUCGACCUCUUGGUGGCGCUCCGCCAUGUAGAUGUCGUAUUGUUUGCAAUUGCCAAAGCUAGGUUAUAA